GCUCCUAAAUAUUUACCACCUCACAUAUUGGACACGGAAUCCCCGACCAGACGCAUAUUACGCUGUCAAUUGUACGCUAUAAUGCGUUUCUUUCUGCUCAUUUGCACACUGCUCACAUUCUUACGCGGAAGCCAAUCAAUUCGAAAUCUGAACGUAUCUCGCGUUAUAGACCUCAGGAGCCCUGUUGUACGAAUUGAACACACUCUAAUAGUAGAUGCAAUUGAUGGUGCCUACGAAUUCUCCAUCCAUCCUUCUGAGGCAAGUCAUCUGGUACACAUUUCUGCUCAGAGUGAAAAGCCGAAAUCCCCGAUACCUGUACAUCCUCUCGAAAGCAAAAUUAACACAUACGCAGUUUCUUUGCGCCAUCAGUCCACCGGUUCUGUGCGCUUCACCAUAACCACUGUGUUGGCCAAGGUCCUGGAGCCGAAACCAUCGGAAAUCUAUCAAAAUGAUAAACAGUUCGUGAAGUACUCGGGGAAUAUAAACUUUUACUCCUCAUACGAAACUCUUUUCGAGGAAACACGAAUUCUUCUCCCGAAUGGCGAAUUAUUAAAACAUACAACCUCUCCUGCUCCCAUAUCCAAACACUCGGGGGCGUUAGUUUACGGUCCUUAUUAUGAUACUGCUCCUUCAACUUACCUUCCCCUCCAUGUUCACUUUGAAAGCAACAGGCCGUUCCUGGUUGUGAAAAAAAUGACGCGUUUGAUAGAAAUUUCACACUGGGGUAACAUCGCUGUGGAGGAAUCUCUGGAAGUAAAAAAUGACGGAGCACAACUUAAAGGACCAUUCUCUCGUUUGGAUUUUGAUAUGGGACUAGGCCAAUCAGUUUCAGUGAUGGCUAUCAAAACUGCAUUACCUGCAGCAGCUAAGGAUAUAUACUAUCGAGACGAGAUCGGGAACAUCAGUUCCAGUUCCGUGACAGACCUGCUCGAUUCAAUGGAGGUCAAACUUUCACCGCGAUUUCCUUUGAUGGGCGGAUGGAAGACACAAUACGUUCUUGGAUACAAUAUUCCUGCGCAUGAAUUCCUUUAUCGUAGUGGUUCUCAAUUUUCUCUACGAAUGCGGUUCAUUGAUCACGUUUAUGAUGACCAAUUUGUGGAGGAGCUGACGCUAAAAAUUGUACUUCCUGAAAUGGUGUAUGAUAUCCAGUUUACUCCACCUUUCCCGGUCCAAGAAGAGCCCCGAGAGCUUUUGAAAACGUACCUGGAUACGGUGGGCCGCACUGUUCUAGUCUUCAAAGCACGCAAUUUGGUCGUGGAACACAUAUCCGAUUUCGUCCUGGAUUACCGGUUCCACACCUUCCUGAUGCUUCGCGAACCGUUAAUGUUGGUCACUGCUUUUUGCGUCAUUUUCAUCUGCGUCCUUAUCUACGUUCGGCUGGACUUCUCCAUAUUUCGAGAUGAAAAAACCGAGCUGCGAUUACGCGUCCAAUCUAUAGUUGACGAGGCUAUCGACUUGUACAAACGGCGUGCCACUUUGUACCAGUCCUAUGAAGACGCCAUUUCACAAUACAAAUCCAGCAAAAACCCAUCACAACUGGCUUCAGAUCGCCGCGGUUUAGAGGCGAAACACAAGAAGCUGAAUCAGUCGCUGGCUAGCGUACAAGCCAAAAUGUCCGACCUGUAUAGUGAUGGCGUGGAAAAGCUAAAAGAACUUCUGACUCUGGACUCCUGUUACCGUGAUCUGAUCCAAGAAAGUGUGCAAUUGGCCGAAAGAUUGAUCAGCGGGAAGAUCACCAAACCCCAGUAUCAAUCCUCUGAUAGUGAUAUGAGCACAAAGAAGGCCGAUUUGAUCGGCCGUAUGGAUACAAUCGUGACAAACCUCUAGACCGGUCAUUUCGCUUGUUACACUUUUACACCCCCAUCCGCUCCAACCCUCUUGUUUCACGGGAAGUUUGUAUUGCUAUACUUGAAAUACGUUGGAUAUGUGCACGCUUACGUUCUUUCUUGAUCGUAUACUUACCGCACUAAUCUCUUGGUCUGCCCUUGUCCAUCUCGGCGAGUUCACUCUGGAAGGGUAUUCGGACAAUCCAUUAGGUGCGGCUACACCCACAGUCCGUUCGACGCUAUCCGCCUUGUCAUAAUGCAGUGUUCC